AGACUGUGUUGUUUAGUUAAUGUUUUUACAAUUUAAGUGUGUGUUGUCUUGUGUCAAAUUGAUUGUCAAUUUUACAGACAUUUCAAAAACAAACGAAAGUGCCGUUGGGAAAGUACUGCUAUCCAAACACGUCGACAUGGAGAAGAUAAACAGUCGCAGUUGACGUGUGUACUUCUGAUUUGGGCGUGUAAAUGUCUGAAGAACACAAAUUUGCGUGCCAUCUUUAUUAAGUUAAUUUGUAUUUUAUUGAAGCUACAUUCCUAAGGGAAAAACUAAUGGUCGUGACAACAUGGACGGUGGCCUGAGUCCCCAGGAUAAAAAAGACUUGGACAAGUUUAUCAAGUUCUUUGCCUUGAAGACCGUCCAGGUGAUUGUCCAAGCUCGUCUUGGAGAGAAGAUAUGCACUCGCUCGUCCUCAUCGCCUACUGGCUCUGAUUGGUUUAAUUUGGCCAUCAAAGACAUCCCAGAGGUGACUCAUGAAGCCAAGAAGGCACUGGCUGGCCAACUUCCAGGCAUUGGACGCUCUAUGUGUGUUGAGAUCUCCCUCAAGACAUCAGAGGGUGACUCAAUGGAGUUAGAGACCUGGUGCCUGGAGAUGAAUGAAAAGUGUGACAAGGACAUCAAGGUUUCAUAUACAGUCUACAAUCGUCUGUCUGUCCUUCUGAAGUCUCUGUUGGCCAUCACCAGAGUAACACCUGCUUAUAAACUGUCUAGAAAGCAAGGACACGACUAUGUCAUAUUAUACAGGAUUUACUUCGGGGAAGUGCAGCUGAGUGGAUUAGGAGAAGGUUUUCAGACGGUGCGUGUUGGUGUCGUCGGCACACCCGUUGGCACAAUCACACUUUCAUGUGCUUACCGCAUCAACUUGGCAUUCAUGUCCAACAGACAGUUUGAGCGGUCAGCUCCAAUCAUGGGGAUCAUCGUGGAUCACUUUGUGGAUCCUCCCUGCAGCAGCCAGCGUGCAAACAUGGGACAUCCCUGCAACUACAGAGCUCCAGAUGAUGAGGAUGGAUAUGGAGGGGUUCAGGAUUCACAGGAGGUCUGCACCACCUCCUUCUCCACCUCCCCCCCCUCACAGUGUGUGUGUACACUGAGUCCUUCGCCCUCUAAACUGUCUAAGCCCCUCCCUCUGGACAGUCUGCCGCUUCCAUUGGCUCCUGGACUUGUCACUCACACUCUGUAUGCUUCCAGGUUAUCAUAUCAUCAUCCAGCUCAAGCAGGAGCUGCUGAGCUUUGUCACCCUGCUGCAAACCAGGGUUUGCAUGCUGGGAAGGAGCAUGGUGGGGUUGUGUUGGUUCCCCAGCCUCCUCAUGGCGCUGAUGCCCAUCUGACAGUAGAGCACGCCGCCAACACGCCUGGCAGCAGUGGCGACGAUGACGGCCUGACGCACAGUGGAGAAAGGAGGAGGGACGAAGGGAGGAGCGUUUCUCCCUCUGACCCCGUGGAGUCUCUCAACACCUUCACACGGAAAAUCGGCGCUUUUGUCAACAAAUCCAACGCACCGAUAACAGCAGCCAAUCUGGACCUGCCAUUCGCUGCAUUUGCACCUCGAGGCCUGGACUCAGAGGAGAAUGAUCCCAUGGUGCAGCCUCCAGACUCUCCUACUUGCCCAUCCCCCCUGCAGGCCAGCCUCCAUUCUCAGGGCUCAGAGGGAUCGGGGCAGCAGGAUGACUUUGUCAUGGUUGACUUUCGUCCAGCCUUCUCUAAAGACGACUUGUUGCCGAUGGAUCUGGGCACUUUCUACAGAGAGUUUCAAAACCCUCCUCAACUAGCCAGCCUCUCACUACACAUCAGCUCCCAGUCCAUGGCCGAUGACUUGGACUCACUGCCAGAGAAAUUGGCCGUUUAUGAGAAAAACAUUGACGAGUUUGAUGCGUUUGUGGACAUGCUCCAAUAGAAGAGGGAAGAAAGGACUAUAUGUGAGAAAAGACUAAAUGGAUGGUGGCAAAUGAAACAGGAAAAAAAAAAAAGAAUGAAAGGGAGGCAGAAGC